AUGGCGACCGAACAGCGACUCCGGCGUGAGAUCGAUGACCUCGGCCGUAUUUUUGGCGACACCGUCCGGCGGUUUGCCGGCGACGGGGCCUUCGAACUGGUGGAGUCGGUCCGCCGGCUCGCCCGGCGGUUCUGUGACGGCGACCUAGCCGCCGCAGACGAGCUGGACGCGCUGCUCCGCGGGCUGACAGCUGACCAGCUACGGGUGCUGACCCGUUCGUUUGGCACGUUCCUCGAACUUGCAAACCUCGCCGAGGAUCGCCAGCGCGUCCGCUCGCUCCGCGACCGCGAGCGCGACGAGCACCCCAACCCCCGCAAAGAAUCGAUCCUCGACGCGGUGCGCAAGCUCAAGGAGCUGGGCGUCCCCGCCGAACAAGUCGCCGAACUGGUCGAACGCGUCCGCGUUGAGCUCGUCUUCACCGCCCACCCGACCGAAGCGAAGCGCAAGAGCAUCCGCGGCAAGCUCCGGGUGCUGCGGCAGAUCUUGCUACGCCUCGAUACGCAUACGCUCACGCAGCGUGAGGAAGAGUCGCAGCGCGACCUCGUGCGGCGUGAGAUCGAGAAGCUCUGGCAGACCGACAUCAUCCGGCCGACGCGGCCGACGGUGAUCGAAGAGGUCGAUCGCGGCCUGUCGUUCAUGCCUGUGAUCUGGGACACGGCGCCGCAGAUCGUCGGCGAAUUGCGUGAGGCGGUCGCCGAGGUUUAUCCCGACGUGGCGGUCGCGACGAGCGGCGUGCUGCGAUUCGGCUCGUGGAUGGGCGGCGACCGCGACGGCCAUCCGUAUGUGACGCCCGAGAUCACCGAGCAGACGCUCGGCUAUCUGCGGAAGGCGCCGCCGCUCGAUGCGCUGUUCGAGCCGAUCGCCGCGGCGUGCGCCAAAUGGCCGGAACUGCCGGACUUGCUCGAACCAAUCCCGCCGCUGGAGGCGCCACGGCGUUGGCUGCGGAUCGUCGGUUGGCGGAUCGAGCAGACGCUUGCGGACGCGCCGGAGGGACUGGGGCCGUCCCCCGUUUAUCGCUCCGCCGAGGAACUCGCUGCCGAUGUGCGACGGGUGCGUGACGCGUUGGUGGAGUCGGGCGACCUCGAGGUCGCCGAGACCGAGAUCGACCCCUGGCUCGACCAGAUCGCCACGUUCGGCCUCCACAUGGCGCGGCUCGACGUGCGGCAGCACUCGGAGCUGUACGCCGGCGUGAUGGUCGAGGUGUGGCGCGCGAUAGGCCUCGUCAAGCCGGACGAAGCGAUCGAUGAGGACCGCCGUUGCGAGCUGCUGGUCGAGACGCUGCCGAUCGCGGCGAACCUCGACCCGGUGGGCCUCUCCGAUACGGCCCAAGAGACGCUCGAAUUGUUCCGCGUGCUGCGCCGGGCGGCGCGGCGGCACGGCAUGGCGUGCCUCGGCGGGCAUGUCGUGUCGAUGACGAAGCACGCCAGCGACCUGCUGACAAUCCUCUGGCUCUGGAAGUGGAGCGAGCGCGUCGAUGGCGGCGCCCCCGAGGACCCAUGCCUCUGCCUGCCGGCGAUCCCGCUCUUCGAGACGAUCAGCGACCUGGAGUCGGCGACCGAGAUCCUCGGCAAGGCGUUGGCGACGCCCGCCUAUCGCCAGCACGUUCGCGAUUGCGGCGACCGCCAGACUGUGAUGAUCGGCUACUCCGACAGCACCAAGGACGGCGGUUACCUCGCCGCGGCGUGGGCGCUGCAGAGCGGGCAGAUCGCCGUCCACGACUUGGCGGAGAAGCACGGCGUCGAUGUGACGUUCUUCCACGGCCGCGGGGGCUCGCUCGGUCGCGGCGGUGGCCCGGCGGCGCGGAGCAUCCUGUCGCUGCCGCCCGAGACGUUCGACGGCUCGCUGCGACUCACCGAGCAGGGCGAAGUCCUCGCCGAGCGUUACGACGACCCGGCAAUCGCCCACCGGCACUUGGAGCAGGUGAUCUGGGCCGUGCUGAUGGCGACGACCACGCCGCCGCCCAAGCCCACCAGCGGCUACCGCGAACAGAUGCAGCGGAUGGCGGAGGCGUCGCUCGCCGCGUACCGCGAGCUGGUGACGCACCCGGCGUUCGUGCGGUUCUUCCGGGAAGCGACGCCGAUCGGCGAGAUCGAGAACCUGCCGAUCGGUUCGCGCCCCGCCAAACGGAAGAAGGGGGACGCCAUCGAAGACCUCCGCGCGAUCCCCUGGGUCUUCGCCUGGACGCAGUGCCGCUGUUUGCUGCCGGCCUGGUACGGCCUCGGCGCCGGGCUCGAGGUGCUGCUGGCGGAGAAGGGGGGGCAGGAGACGCUCCGCCAGAUGUACGAGCAGUGGCCGUUCUUCCGGGCGACGAUUAGCAACGCCGAACUCGCUUUGGCGAAGUCGAACCGCCCGGUUUUCGACCGUUACGCCAAGAACUCCGCCGCCGACGCCGGCAUGGCCGAGAUCGCCGAGUUGCUCGACGCCGAGUACGAACGGGCCCGUCGGACGCUCUUGGCGGUGACCGGUGAACAGGAGCUGCUCGAUACGGUUCCCUGGUUGAAGGAGUCGAUUAAGGUCCGCAACCGCUACGUCGAUCCGCUCAACCUGAUUCAACUCGAAGUGAUGCGCCGUAUCCGUGAGACGGCCGAUCCUCCCGAGGAGCUACGGCAUUUGUCGCAACUAUCGAUCAAGUGUGUCGCGGCGGGGAUGCGUACGACGGGCGCCCGGUGUGAUCCACCAAACCGCUACCCAUCCUGCCUCAACUCCAUCAGCAUGCUCUCCGAAGUCAUCACCAUCGCCGCCGUGAUUCUCGCCCGCAUCGGCAUCCAAACGAGCGGCUCUAGCUCGCCGCCGCCGGCGAUCGUUGAGCUGCUGCUGCUGGGCUGUCUUGGAUUCGCGGUCUACUCAUUAGCGACGCGCAUCAGCCGCCGCCGUGCGGAGACGCUGGCGCGGGGCGGGUGGUGGGGCUUCGACGCCUACCUGCUCGAGCUGCUAACGCCGCUGGCGAUCGCAUUUGGAUUAGCGCUCGCGGUGUGGACGAUCAACCGCGCAGAGCUUGGGCAGAAGCUCGGUGGCUACGGCGCCGUGCUGGUGCUGCUGCUCGUCACUUCUGUCGGCGUGAAACUCGUCACCGAGACCACGCUCUACGCCAAAAUCGGUGGCGAACCGUCACCGCGACAGGACCACGCCAAGCGCUUGGUUGGCCCGCUGGCGGGCAGCGCGAAGCUGCGUUACACGCUAGGCAUCUUCGGCGGCAUCAUCUUGCCACUCGUCCAUCGGCGGUGA